AUGAACAGGUAUAAGUACCUUAUUGCAGACUUGACGAGAGACGUGAAUCGCGCGCAGCCUCGUGAUGCUCUCCAGUUUUGUGCCAAUUGGCUCCUCCCCCCAACAGUGCAAAUCCGUUCUCGUGGACAUUCCGCUCCCGGCGGACUGCACCACCAAUCAACAUCACUCCCUGCCCAACGCCCUCCGGGCGCUGUGCUACCAUUUUCCCUUCCAUCUAGAUCAGUUGGACCCAUUGAUCAAUCGCCUCAACGUCCAGAGGCCAAAUCACCCCCAACUAUUCCUCCAUUGCGCGUUGACCCGCCUCGUCGCCCCAGUGCAAGUCCUUUUGGUACUCUAAAUGUGCCAGGGAAUGCUGCAUUACCCCCAUCGUCAGGGGAACCCGAACCAAGUCAUCGUCAAUUUCUCACGAUUCAAGAGGAGGAUGACGGUACUGGAGUUGUCGAGCAUCCAGCCAAGCCAUUAAAUCCUCUGACCAAGAAAAAAUCAAAUCUGGGUUUAAGCAAUGGUUUUCUAGGCCCUCCUCCAUCUGCCCUUGGGCGACGCGUCUCCGUCUCCGCGGAAUCCAUUUCUCCUUCAACAGGUCCUGAGCGUCCCCCGCCCUUUUUCUUGAAGACUAAGGAACAAAUGAAACGCCUUGAGGAUGCUAUCCGCGAUGCCUUUCUGUUUCGCAAACUAGAUACCAAGAAACGGAAUGCCGUCCUCGGCGCAAUGAAAGAAAUGCAUUUCGGCCCAAACGAACCAGUCAUCACCCAGGGUGAUGAUGGUGACUACUUCUAUGUUGUUGACUCGGGCACGCUUGACGUCUAUAAGAAUGAUGGGGACCAAGGAUCACAGGGGACAACGUCCCCCGAUUGGCAUCCUGUUUAUGGGAAGAAAGUUUUCCAAUAUGAGCGUGGGGGAACAUUUGGCGAACUAGCGCUCAUGUACUAUGCGAAACGUGCUGCCACAGUUAUCACCACUUCUCCAUGCACUUUGUGGGCCCUGGACCGAGUCACAUUUCAAACUAUCCUUCUUGACAUCUCUGCCAGGACACGUCGAUCUUACGAGGCGUUCCUGGCCUCUGUCCCAUUACUGGAGAGCCUGAACGAUGCAGAGCGGGGCAAACUGGCCGAUGUACUUCAGUCGCGUGAGUACGGGGAUGGAGAGAUAGUCGUAAAAGAAGGGGAUGUUGGCAACGAAUUCUUCAUUGUGGAGGAGGGCGAAGCUCUAGCCCUAAAGAAUAUCAAAAGUCCCAGCGGUGGCAUCACUCAAGAGAUAGUGAAACGGUACAAACGAGGAGACUACUUUGGUGAGUUGGCGUUGUUACACCGAACACCAAGGGCGGCAACAGUCAAAGCAGCGGUCACAAAUAAGCAGGGGCCGUUAAAGGUUGCAGCCCUCGACGCCGAUGCCUUCACACGAUUACUCGGGCCCCUGCGCGAUCUUAUGGAGCGAAGUGCUGCCGCCCUUUAUUCUAAUCCUCUUUCCCACCAACAGCCAUAGAUUAGAGCAGAGGUCCCAACUCCACCCAUAGUACACAUGCCUCGUUGUGACAAGUUGUGAAUAUUCCAUUACAUAUACAACUCAGAAAGAAAGGUGGCACCAUCAACCACGGACAACACCUUAGAGGUGGGUACAAAAUACUCGUAACGAAUGCGGAUUAAGGGGGGGUUACUGUGUUUGAAAUUGGAAAUGCAGUUCUUUCAUGACAAACUUUGCCCUUCUAUCAAAGUGAAUGGCAGUUCCGGGCCCAU